AUGGGGUUACGUGGGAUGUUGCACACAAAGAAAAAAAACCAUCUGCUCUGUGUGCUCAUUGCUCUUUACAUGUUGGCUGGCGCUGCAAUAUUUUCUUCCCUGGAGAGGCCAGCGGAGCUACAGGCCCACCAGCUCUGGGAAAGAAGACUAAGGGACUUCAAUUAUGAGCAUAACAUUAGUUAUAAAGACUUGAAAUCUCUUUUGCGCCGCUAUGAGAAGGCUAUGAUGAGGAGAGCCCUUUGGGACAUCCCAUGUUUCUACUUUGUGGGAACUGUGGUCUCCACCAUUGGAUUCGGCGUGACGGCCCCAUCCACUGUGAUGGGAAAGGUCUUGCUAGUUUUCUAUGGGCUGCUGGGCUGCUGGGCUACCAUACUGUUCUUCAAUCUCUUCCUGGAGAGAGUCGUAGCGUUCCUGAGCUUUCUGACAUUUGGUGGUGCCACAAAAGGAGAACUGGACACAGAGGGAGGAGACAGUGAAGGUAACAGAAAUGAGGAACGGAAACCAUCUGUGUACCAAGUAACGCUCAUCCUUUUUGUUGCUGUCCUGCUGGUUGCAUGUGGGGUUGCUUCCCUCUAUUCAGCCAUGGAGGGCUGGACUUACUUGGAGUUCCUCUACUUCUGCUCUGUGGCAUUCAGCACAGUGGGCUUUGGAGACUUUGUUAGCAGCCAUCUGAUGUAGGUUUUUAAAAUUACAGCCCUUGAAAGUGUGGAAUAUUUUCACUAUUCGCCAAUAUUUAAAUUGACAGCUGAACAAAAAUGUGCUUGAAUAUUUUCGGAGUUGAGGAGCUCCG